AUGUCUAGAGGCAUGGACUGGGAGUAUGGAGGUAUGGAUGAGGGUAUGGAGGUCCAGAUUGCUGCAUUUGAGGAGGUCAGCAGAUGGUUCGAGCCUCUGCUGUUGCACUAUCACACGCUUCAUCGUCACAGCCAUCCGAUGGAUGACAAGACAGAGGUCAUGUUCACGAACCUCCACAACGACCCUGAGGGUGUGUUUACCUGCUUGUGGGCACUCCACACGAUGAUGGUGCUGCGCCUCCAGAACAAGCUCACCACUACAGUCGCUUGCAGUCAGCAGAGCCAGCCUUUAAAGGACCGAAAGGAGGUCAAUGAAAAUUUUGAGAGGUUAGGAUCUGCCAGCAAAAACGACCUGAAGAUGUUGUGGAACAUGAUGGCAUUGAGAAAGGGGCGGGGAAUGGACCCCACAACUGAGCCGCAGGUAAUUUGUGGGAUCCUGGCCCUGCAUGUCAUGAGCUGGGACUGGAACAACUGCAUGUCAAAGAAUAGCAAGCGGGACAUGGAGCUGUUCAUCAAGGCAAUAUUGCUUGACCUUGGCAGAGAGUGCACUAGGCGAGAGGAUCUCUUCAAUGAUCUGCUGGUUGCUGGCCUCCGAAAAAUACUGGAGGAUGUGAUUGCAAAGCAUGCAAAAGCUAUCAAUAUGAUUGGAGAAGGUGGCAGGAUGAUCAAGCGGAAGAGGUGGUCAUGGUACAAUGGUGCUGAGAUUCCAUCGGAUAUUGCCCCAACUACCACAGUGACACUCACGGAUGCACAUAUACAACAUCGCCAUGAGUUGGAGGGAUAUGACCGUGCUGCUAUUAUCAAGCUAAUCUCAUACGUCAAGCACAUAGCAGGUGUGAAGGCAACCUCCUCGACCCACAGUCCGAUGGCAGUGAACAUUGUUCGAGGUCUACAGAAUUUGAUACAUGAACUGGAGAUCAAUUCUACCUGUCUGCGCAUACAAGCACUGGAGGGUGACAACAGUGUCUUAUACAACAUUAAGGAUACCGUUGAUCUUAUGAUUCCAGCCAUAAAAGGCAUAGAAGAUCAAAACACGAUUGACGAACAAGAAGAUGAGCAGGCCCUGCCGUGUACCUCUAUGGUUCCUGUGCGGCCACACCAAAGGCCCAUUGUCCAUCCUGAACUAUCUGAUCUGAGCAUUGAUGACCCCACACCCACCUCACAUACUAGUACAACAGAUACAAUCAGGACCCUGCAAACUGAGAAUGAAGGCAAUGCAAGGGCCAGUACUGGAACUGAAGAUCCUAUUGGUGAGCAGGGCGAUGGCGAUGGAUGGUCUGACAGAAUGGUGACAGAUGCGGCUGUCAGUAGUGAGCCUAACUCGGGCGCAGAAGACAGUGGGCAUGGUUACAAUGCUACAGCUGCGGUGGUGUCAUGUGAAGGCACCCCUAUCAAUAUCGACCAGAGACACGCAAGUUCAGGCAUGGAAGACCUUGGUACUUCUGUUGGAGAUUUGGGGGUAGAUACCACAGGCACAACUACUGGUGCCCACAUGAUCAAGGUGACUGUCCCAUCUAUCCACAAUGGUUCUCUAACCACAUUGGUCCCUAAGACAUCACGCGCUGAAGUUCCUAGUAAACAAUUGGCCCCAAAGUCGAUGACACAUGUGACUGUGAGCAAGAUAUCGAAACAUCCAAGAGGUUCAACAGUGAAUUCUCCAGGACAUGCAAACAAGAAGGCUCACAGAACUUACACCAAUGGCAAUGAUCUUGAUUCUGAUGAUUUCGUUGUUGUGAAAGCAACUAUACCUAUGUCCGAUGAUGCUCCCACGCCUUCCGGACGCCUUCCAGAUGCACAUACAGACCUCCAUACCCUUAUCCAUGACUCCAUACCCUUAUCCAUGCCUUUAGUCCUCCAGUCCACUAUCGGUUUCGGAUCCAUACACCUUCAUACAUUCAUAUAUCCAUACCUCUGGACCUCUGCAGCUAAGCCUGUUUCAUCCACCCUUAGUCCUAUCAGAUCCGAGCUCAUUCCAUCUUGGACUCUACCUUCCCUAGACUAUUGGUCUAUAUUCAUGAUCAUAUCCUAG